GUGAAGGCAUCACCACAAAACCCGGCGCACGCUCGUGCAGGCGGCGACUUCAACGGUUGGAAAACUUCACAUUUCCAGUCGGACAGACGGACGGACGGUCAGUGUGGCGAGCGGCUGCGUGACCCGCCGCAGCAGAGACUGUCAAAGCGGCUGUGUCACGGGGAAAAUAACGUUUUUUCAGUGUUUGCAUCCGAGUCUUGGACAGAAAAGGAGUUUGCUAGCUUAACGCUAGCUCGCGGGGACUGAGCGGAGCCUCGUCGGUCCGUCUUCGGCGACCCAUUGACGGUCACUUCAAAGGUAGCUCCAACAUCAUCCAAAAUAAAAUAAAAAUACUGAAGCCUCUGCGGUCCAACUUCUUCGUUCUUACGGAGAGAAAAUUCCACUUUCACGAAGAGGAAAUCCUGCCCAGACGACCUGAACACUGGCCGUUACCUGUCUACAGAGCUGAAUGGCCUCCGCCGUGGGAGUGAAAACCGAGAAGCGACCUGCAGCUGAUUCCCAGGAUGCAGAUUCAAAUGCCAAGAAGCCCAGGAAGCUGCUCCCCAGCCUGAAGACCAAGCGCGCCCCCGAGCUUGUCCUGGUGAUCGGCACGGGGGUGAGCUCGGCGGUGGCUCCCCAGGUCCCAGCGCUCCGCUCCUGGAAGGGCCUCAUCCAGGCCUUGCUCGACGCCGCCAAUGACUUCGAUCUGCUGGAGGAAGAGGAAAGCCGCAGAUUCCAGAAGCACAUGCAAGAAGACAAGAAUUUGGUGCAUGUGGCGCAUGACCUCAUUCAGAAACUUUCCCCGAGGACGGGAAAUGUGCGCUCCACCUUUUUCAAAGACUGCCUCUACGAGGUCUUUGACGACCUGGAGUGCAAGAUGGAGCACGCCGGAAAGCAUCUGCUGCGCUCCGUGCUGCAGCUGAUGGAGAGCGGCGCGCUCGUCCUCACCACCAACUUCGACAACCUGCUGGAGAUCUACGCGGCCCACCAGGACACCAAACUGGAGUCCCUGGACCUGACGGAUGAGAAGAAGGUGUUGGAGUGGGCUCAGGAAAAGCGGAGGCUGAGUGUUCUGCACAUUCACGGUGUUUACACAAACCCCAGUGGGAUCGUCCUGCACCCUGCGGGAUACCAGAACGUCCUGAGGAACACUGAAGUCAUGCGCGAGAUCCAAAAGCUGUACGAGACCAAGUCCUUCGUGUUCCUGGGCUGCGGGCGCACGGUGGACGACACCACCUUCCAGGCUCUGUUCCUGGAGGCGGUCAAGCACAAGUCGGACCUGGAGCACUUCAUGCUGGUGCGGCGGGAAGAUGUGGGGGAGUUCAAGAAGCUGCGCGACAACAUGCUGGACAAGGGCAUCAAGGUCAUCUCCUAUGGAGACGAGUAUGCUGACCUGCCGGAGUACUUUGAGAGGCUGGCCAACGAGAUCUGCAACCGAGACGUGUCCACCAACGGCUGGGGCUCUCCGUCCCAAAACGCAGAGGAACAGCAGAACGGCUUCAACUCUCAGAAAAACCUGCUGCAAGGCUAGAGUGGAAGAACGUCAAAGUCUGUAGAAACGACCCUGAAACCAAAGCUUAGUAAAACCUGAACUGCUGCUG